AUGGAUUCUAUGCACACCUAUGAGACUGAUCUAUCAUCAAUCUCCUUCGCUCCACAGCACGAGUUGGUGGUGGCAGCGCGCUCUGAGAAGGGCGGCAGCUCAGCACACAGCAUAGUUCACGUGACGGUGGCGGAUGUGAACGACAACGAGCCAGAAUUCCUGAAGGAGGCGAUGGAGGCGACGGUGAUGGAGGGAGACAGGGACAGUCACCGUCUUCCCGUAGCGAUCUUUAAGGUGGAGGCUCGGGACGUGGAUGCCGUCGACAAAGGAGGAUUACUGUACAGCAUCAGCGGAGACGGCGUAGACGGCGUGAGCCCUGGAGAGGCUUAUUUCUCCAUCAAACCUGAAACUGGGGACUUGUUUCAAAUGCGGCCUCUGGACCGCGACCCCCCCUACGGCAAAGCAGUGUGGAAGGUGAAGGUGCAGGUGCGAGACGGGCAGAGGCUCCCCUAUUACCAGAUGGGCGGUUCCAGGCGGUCGAGGAUGCCAAAGAGUGGGCACGGGGAAGGGCGCAGAGUGCCACACUACCCACACCCUCCUACGGAUCGUCAGGGAGGGUGGCAUCAGGUCGAAGACGGUGCGGACUUCGAUGACUUCGUGGAUUACAUGAUGGACGGGCCGGCGGAGGGCAGGGGGGAGGGGGAGGGGACGUCGCGAUCCAGGAGCGGUUGGGGAGGGACGCGGGAGAAGACGAGAAUAACAGGCGAAGGGAGGAAGAACAAGGCGAGAGGGGAGAGACGUCACAGAACGAGAAUCGGCGGUGAAAAGGGGUACAAGAAAUACAGGACGCAGUCGAUGAAGAAAAAUAGCAAGGGAAACAGACGGCGCAAGUUACCUAAUAGCUUUCUCGACGGAGAUGGCGACGGCGACGGGGCGGAAGGGAUGAAAAGACCAAAGGUUUUUCGACACUCUGCGAGAAGGAAGCACCAGCAGAUGUCACCAGGCAUCAGGAGGAGACUUUUAUCUCUGGAGGAACUAGUGUCAAGCGAAAAGGGCCGUAACUACAUGGAAGAACUCACGCAGAGCCGGAGAGGAGACGCUAGACACGGCUCGAGGAUACCUUCUAGGAAUGGAACUUGGCGCGCUGUCUUUCCCAACGAAGGUAAUCGCGUCGGUACCAGGUCCUCCAUCCCAGUCAGCCCAAGACGAGAGAAGAACGACCUAAAAUCCUUGAAAUCCUCAUGGCCACUCCCUGACGACCCCCUUUCACCCCACGACCCCCGAGGCAACCCACGGAGACACUCGCGCCGACACAAACGCUACCACGACCUCAGUCUCAACGACCACUGGUAUAUGGACGCCUCAGUGAGCGUGGUGGACUCGAGUGGCUGCCAGGAUUACGGCGUCCCUCUCCCCGGCGCCGACGACCCUGCCUACCACCUGCCGGGCUACGCGAGCGAGGGAGAGCCCAUCACGUGGACGGGAGGCCGAGGGCGCGUGCACGUGGUGGAGGCGGUCGUGACGGUCGUCGUCAAGGACAUCAACGACAACCCGCCGAUGUUCCCCAACGCGACGCUGUUCGGGGAAGUGCAGGAGAACGGACCCAUUGAUCUCUCCGUGACGAUGGUGUCAGCCUGGGACGCUGACGACGAGGCGGAAGGCACCAACGCCCUCGUCACCUACACCAUCGAGAAGAACGUCCUGGACGAGAAGACGGGGCUGGCUAUCUUCACCGUGAACCCCCACUCCGGCCUUAUUCGCACAGCGGUCUGUUGCCUCGACCGUGAAACCACUCCGCGUUACGUCAUUCAGGUCACAGCGACGGACGGAGGCGGUCUCAAAGGCACAGCAUCCGUGGUAGUACAGCUAGCGGAUGUGAACGAUAACUCCCCCCGCCUUACUCGCGAGGUGUGGGAAGUGGAUGUGAAGGAAACCCGAGGCAGAGGACCACCUGAUAACAUAACUUUGCUGCAGAUUUCGACCUUCGAUUCGGACACCUCCAAUUAUUUUUAUUAUCGAGUGUUGGAAGAUAGCGGCUGGGGUUGGCAACACUUCGGCAUGAGGACAGUUGGCAACAUUGGCGAGCUGUACGCCCUGCAACCUCUAGAUUUCGAAGACCCUGCUCACAGAAGGGGCUUCCGCUUCAUGGUGCAGGUCACAGACAGGGGUCGCGGAGGCUGGAAGGACCCGAGGCACACCGACACAGCGUGGAUAAGCAUCACGCUGAAGGAUAUUAACGACAACCCGCCCGAGUUCCGACGCCCGCACGCCCACGUCACAGUGCGCGAGGACACCAUCCCGGGAACUCUCCUGGCUCAUAUCCCCGCCCGUGAUCCUGAUAUGGUGAGGAUUGUGGGUUGUGUGGUGGGUGUAGUGUCGCGUAUGGUGUGGUGUUGA